AUGACAACAACUCCAACCCUUGCUAUGGAAAGGAUGCUCUCUAUGCCUCCUUUACACAUACAUCUAGAGGUGCAUGCUAAAGCUUCUCUCAUCAGAUUGCUGGCAACCAGCAAUAUUAGGGUAAGGAAUUUGGAUAAUGUCCUAAUCAAUGAGAUUAACAGCAAUCCAAUCCUUUCAAUGGUGUCAGACAAGAUGACACCAUCCUAUAGAAUUGACAAACCAUUCAAUGUUCUUAUUGCAGAGGCUUCUGAAUGGCAAUCAAUUCAUAAUAGCAUUGAGCAAAGUGCUCUUGUUUGGUACACAGAUGGGUCAAAAAUGGAUGACUCGUCGGGUGCAGGCGUGUUUAGACUCCGGCCUAAAUUCAAGCUGCACAUACCAAUGGGUAAAUAUGCCACAGUCUUUCAAGCUGAAAUAACAGCUAUCUGGGUAUGUAUACUGGAAAAUUUACGGAGACAAUAUAAGGGUCAACGUAUCUAUAUUUUAUCAGACAGUCAAGCCUCAUUGUUAGCUCUAAAGUCUGAUAAAAUAACAUCAAAACUCGUCUUGAGCUGCUUGGAGUCUCUGAUGACUUUGGGCUCUAGCAAUAGAGUCACACUUGUGUGGGUACCGGGGCACAUGGGGAUUCCUGGUAAUGAAGCCGCUGACGAGCUUGUAAGGAAAGGAUCAAACUCUCCUUUUAUUGGACCAGAACCUUUCUGUGGCAUCUCAGACGCCACAAUCAAGAAAGAAAUCCAUACAUGGAUUCAGGCCAGGGAAGCCGAACACUGGAAUAACAGUACAGGGCACAGACAGGCCAAGUUGUUCCUAAUAGAAUGCUCCGAGUCACAAAUUCGGGAGGUCUAUAAGCUGAAUUCUGUGGAACGGAAGAUGAAACGCCUGUACACAUCUUAUGCUAUUGCAAAGCAGUAA